AGUCUGGAAUAUCCACGUUCUCACUUCUUAGGUGGGGAAUGGCCUUUUGCUCUCACUGCGCUUUACUCUGUCUGAUUCACUGAGCUUCUGCCAUCACCCCCUUCUCUCUCUUUCCCAACGCUUUAUCUUCACAUGCUUCUCUUUCUUUGGUCCCAUUUUGCCUGUGUGACUUUACAUUUCACUCAAACGACAACGACAAUGCUUGACCAAGUAAAUAUUGCGACUUUACUUUGGCAUCAAUGUGGAUCUGAAUUCUGAAGCAUUUUGAUUUCUGGGUUUUAGUUGUUUCCUGUGGCGUUAAAUACUUAGAGAAGCGUUGCUGCUUGGAGAUUUCUGGAGGCAUUGAUGCGUCCAUGGGAUCUAGUGGUAGCAAAGGCACUUCCUCUUGCAGUUCGUCGUCAUCUUCCGGCAGUUUCCGGAAGGUUCGAUCUAAGAAAGGACAUAGAGGAUUUCAGUCGUAUUGUCUGGGAACAACCUCUGGAUCUCAUGACGCACAGAAUAAAACAAAUGGCAAUGGUGUUACAUACAACUGUUACACUGGGACGCGCUCAAAUGAGAUGAAAUCAAAGUCUUUUAGAGAUGAUAAAAGGAAAACAUCUGAUGACAUGCCUUGCAUGCCUUCCAACAUUGACCUUAGUGAGUGGGAUCAAACAAGCAUCUCCAGUAAUUCCUCCAGAACUCGUAGCCGAUCUACACGUGCUUCUUCAACUGGUGGUCGAUUCCUUUCUCGGUUUAGCCUUAUUCCUGGUAAUAUAAGCUUCAGACUUAGCAGAACAACCAGUUUAGGGUCAUCAAGGUCCUGCCAUGCUUCUUCUACAACUAUGUCAAUAUUCAAUAAUGAAGAUGAUCGGAGUCUGCAUCCAGGACCCACUGGCAGCUUGGUUAAUAGAAAUGAAACUCGACAAUCAGCAGAUUCAUCUGGCAACUUGCAGGGUAAUCCCUCAUCUUCUUCUAGACAGAAUGCGGUUAGAGAUGGAAAUGGUUCAUGUGAAGGGCUGGAUCUAAACUUGUUUUCUUCAAGAAUUCAUGCUGAGACUGAAAAUAUUGAGGGUCGACAAAAUGGAGCUCGAGAACCUGUGGAACGGAAUUUUCGGUACAGCCGGACUCUAAGUGUUGGGAGGCUUCGUAAUAGAGUUCUUCGCCAAUCAGCUUUCUCUGAUGUCAGCUUUUGCCCCCGGCAACAAGAGAGAGAAGCAAGGGAUACUAGGGAGGAUAAUGAAAGACAAGCGGGGGAGGGAGAUUCAAGAGUAUUACCAUCUUUUAGUAAUGCUAUAAAUUCUUCUUCUAUGUCUGGUUAUCCUCCAUCCAGUAUUUCUAACUCCUUAUUCAACAUCCAAGACUAUGAGGUUGAGAAUUCGCGGUCAAGAGAAACUAGGUACCAAGAUCUGCUGGAACACAGAUCCAACUUCCUUGAACGGAGAAGAAGAAUAAGAUCCCAGGUUCGUGCUCUUCAGCGGUUGGGUAGCCGGUUUGAAAAUCUAUCUGGACAUGACAGAUCUUGUAUCUUGUCUGGUCAACAUAGAAAUGGUCAUUGUACAUGCCGAAUUGGUAGUCGUGAUACUAGUUCAAUUGAUGAUACCGGUACUAGAGCUAGCAUAUCAAGAAUUGUAAUGCUAGCUGAAGCCUUAUUUGAGGUUCUGGAUGAAAUUCACCAGCAAUCUGCGGUUUUAUCUUCCCGCCCUUCUGUGUCUUCCAUUGGAUCUGUUCCUGCGCCUAAUGAUGUUGUGGAGUCUUUGCCGGUCAAAACAUACACAAAGUUGCAUAAACAUCAAGAGGAUGCUGCCCAAUGCUACAUAUGCCUGGUGGAGUAUGAGGAUGGAGACAGCAUCCGUGAGCUGCCUUGCCAUCACCAAUUUCAUAGAACAUGCAUAGACAAGUGGCUUAAGGAAAUUCACAGGGUAUGUCCACUAUGUCGGAGGGACAUCUGCAUAUCUGAUUCACUGUCAAUGGAGAACUAAGGGGCCACUUGUUAUUCAAAAUCUCCCACGGACCCCAGAAGCUCAUUGUUGUGCAACCGAAAGACAAAAAUUUAGGUAGUUCAUUCCUUUUCUGCCAGUAUUUUCAUUUUUGCCCAAGGAUUAUUUACUGUCAUUGCUCAAUGUAACUUCAACAUAUGGCAGAAAUGGACUGAACUACUGCUUUCUGUGCCUUCAUCACCAGAUAAAACUCAGAAAAGAGUGAGAGAUGGGAUGAUGUUUUUUGAGGAGGAACAUUGUGAAUACGUUUCUGAAAAAGGGAUCAAAAUCUUAUGCUGGUCGCGGAUAUUUAUGCCAUUUUGAAGAGUCUUCCUUCCCCCUUGUAUUUUCCUUCACUUGCAACUAAAUAUGCGCACUUUUUUCAAAACCCACUCCGGGUUCUGAAAGCAAUUAUUGAUAUGCUCCUUUUAGGCAUUGAUUAUACUACCAAAAGAAGAAAAGUCAGUCAA